AUGGCACCAAAAGGCAAGGGAAAGAAGGGAAAGAAGGGCGAUGACGACUUUUGGGAUAAGGCAGGUGAAGCAAUUGCUCCCAACAACACCUCUCACGGAGAUGCCGCCGAUGACGAUGCAUUCAGCUCAAAACCAAAGAAAACAGGAUUUUCCGCCUUCUCAGCAGUUGGUCUUGUGGAUGAUAUUCCUGGGGAAGACGACGACGAUGGCCCUGCGGGAGGCUUGAUGUCAUUGAUGGGUUCUGGGAAAGCCAGAACCAAAGACAAGAAGAAAAAAAAUAAAGUUGAAAUCGAUUUGGAUGACCUUGAAGAGUCUCCUGCGCAGGCCGAAUCUAAGAAACCGAUUGAAGUCACCGCGGAAGAGCUGGCAGACGAGGAAUGGGGUUCAGUAAAAGACAAGAAGAAGAAGGACAAAAAAGGGAAGGGUAAGAAGGCUAAACAACAGGACGAUGAAGAGGAAGGAAAAGAAGACGAGCAAGAUAGCAAGCAGAUGCAAUCAGUCGAUACGGCGCCGACCGCUGCUACCGAAACACCUGCUUCUAAAGAGGACGAUGAAGAACAAAAUGAAGCAGGAACAAAAGUUUUGAGUAAGAAGGAGAAGGAAAAGCUCAAGAAAGAGAGGGAAAAGGCCAAGAAGAAGGCCCAGGCAGCGGCAAAAAAGGUAGCAGAAGGAGGCGAUGCUGCUCCUUCUCCACCGGCCGUUCCAGAAUCUACAACUCUCGCACCUACGCAAGCUGUUGCUGGAGAAAAUAAUGAAGAGGACGGAGAUGAUGCUACUGAAGCCAAACCUGACUCUAAGAAGAAGAAGAAAAAGAAGGCCGCAAAGAAAGAUGAAGAGCCGACCCCCGCACCAUCCGCCACUACUAAAAAGAAAGGCGGUGCGAUUGGUGCCCUGAAAGCUCUUAUGGAGGAAAAGAAAAGGCUAGAGGAAGAAGCCAGGCGUAUACAGGAAGAGGAAAGAAAACGAAUUGAGGAGGAAGAGCGCCGUGCAGAAGAGGAGGAACGAAAGCGCGAGGAAGAAAAGCAACGCAAAAAAGACAAAGAGAAAGCCAAGCGCGAGUUAGCAAAGAAAGAGGGACGCCUACUUACAAAGAAACAACGAGAGGAGAAACAGAUGGCUGAAAUCCGCAAGCAAGCUCUUUUAGCUUCCGGGGUACAAAUUGAGGGUUUGCAGCAAGCUUCAGGGAGCGUUCCGGCGGCAACAAAGAAGGUUGUUUAUGGCAAUCGCAAGAAAAAAGGGCCUGGAGCUAAGGAUCAAUCUCCAACUCACUCACGGCCGCGAUCGCCAGAGCCUAUGGUGGCCAGAGUAUCUACGCCGGCGGCGGCAAAAGAAACUAAUGAUGCCCCAAAAUCUGACUGGGAAGCAAGCUCUGACGAAGAGCCUUCGCCUCCUGUAGCUUCCAACAUCAAAGACUCCUGGGAUGCAACAAGUGAGGAAGAGGAAGUGGAUGAGAGACCUGUAGCAGCGAAAACUGCACCCAAGGAAGUUCCCGUAUCGAAAAUAUCUGCCCCUGCUCCAAAGACAGAAAAACCUGUCUCUGGAAAGAUUGCACCAUCUACAACUGUCAAAGGCCUUUCCACUAAACCGCCUGCUCCGUCUGCUAAGCCACCAGUAGAAGAAUCUUCUUCAGAGGAAGACUCGGAAGACUCUGACGAGGAUUCUGAUUCUGACUCCGAUGAUUCUUCGUCUGAAGACGAGUUGACCUCUGCCCAAAGGUUGGCUGCGCAGAAGAAGGCCGAGGCAGCCGCCCGCCGUGCAAAAGCACACCAGGAAGCUUUGGCCGCUAGGAGUAAAGACAAUCUACGCAGCCCUAUUUGUUGUAUUUUGGGUCAUGUCGACACGGGUAAAACUAAAUUGCUGGAUAAAAUUCGUCAAACCAACGUCCAAGAAGGCGAAGCGGGAGGUAUCACGCAACAGAUUGGUGCUACGUACUUCCCCGUUGAUGCAAUCAAGACGAAGACUGCUGUCCUCAACAGGGAAAAUCAACAAGAAUAUAAGAUUCCCGGUCUUUUGAUUAUUGAUACACCGGGACACGAGUCGUUUACUAACUUGCGAUCUCGUGGAAGUUCUUUGUGUAAUAUUGCCAUCUUAGUUGUUGAUAUCAUGCAUGGCUUGGAAGCUCAGACGCUCGAAUCUCUGCGGCUUCUGCGAGAUCGCAAAACUCCAUUUAUAGUUGCGCUCAACAAAAUCGAUCGUAUUUAUGGCUGGGAUGCCACACCAGACGGUGCUUUCCAGGAGUCUUUGGCCAAACAGUCCCGCUCUGUGCAGCGUGAAUUUGAAGAUCGGGUGUCUAAAACCAUAUUGGCUUUUGCUGAAGAAGGUCUCAACGCUUGCCUUUACUACGAAAACAAGAACCUUGGUCGCAAUGUUUCUUUGGUGCCUACCUCAGCUAUCACAGGAGAAGGUGUGCCAGAUAUGAUUAUGCUCCUCGUCAAUUUGACGCAACAACGUAUGAGCGAUCGUUUGAUGUACCUCUCCGAGCUGGAGUGUACUGUCUUGGAAGUCAAGGUCAUUGAAGGUCUUGGCACAACAAUUGAUGUAGUCCUUUCGAAUGGCAUCUUACGCGAAGGCGAUAAAAUUGUUGUCUGUGGUCUUAACGGACCUAUCGUAACGCAAGUCAGGGCACUGCUGACACCGCAACCCCUGCGCGAACUUCGUAUUAAAUCUGCGUACGUUCAUCAUAAAGAGGUUAAGGCAGCUCUUGGUGUCAAGAUUACCGCCCCGGACUUGGAAAAGGCAAUUGCUGGUUCUCGCCUGCUUGUCGUUGGGCCAGACGACGAUGAGGAUGAACUAAAGGAGGAAGUCAUGUCUGAUCUGACUACGCUCUUUGAAAACAUCGACAAGUCGGGCCGCGGUGUUUGUGUACAGGCGUCCACUUUGGGUUCGCUCGAGGCUCUGCUGGAUUUCUUAAAGAGCAGCAAAAUCCCCGUAUCUGGAAUCAACAUCGGUCCCGUGUUUAAACGAGAUGUCAUGCGCGCCUCAACCAUGCUAGAAAAGGCCAAAGAACUUGCUUGUAUUCUCUGCUUCGACGUUCCUAUCGACAAAGAAGCUGAGCGUUUGGCCGAAGAAAUGGGUAUCCGUCUCUUCAAAGCCGAUAUUAUCUAUCACUUGUUCGACUCCUUCAAAGCAUAUAACGCAGAAAUUACAGAAGCCAAAAGAAGAGACGCUGCUCCUCAGGCCGUUUGGCCCUGUCGUCUAAAAGUAAUCGCUGCGUUUUGUAAGCGAGAUCCGAUCAUUCUUGGAGUCGACAUUCUCGAUGGAUCAUUGCGAAUUGGUACACCGUUAUGUGUCGUGAAGAUCGAUCCUACUACCGGGAAGAAAGAUAUCAUUGACCUUGGAAAGAUGUACGCCCUUAUGAAACAAAUUACUGACUAA